AGUUCUAUAAUGCGGCGAGCUGCCUCUUACAACGAACGCAACUCGGAUAUGAACUCAUAAAAUGAGUUUAGUGACAUGUGUCCGUUCUUCUUUACUACAGCUAUUGGUUUCACUCCCGGAAAUUGAGAUAUCCCACGUGACAUUCAUUGGAAUGCAGACGUCUGGAAUGCUCUUUAAUUCUCCUUGCGUUGCCUACUGGGAAUACAAACAUGGAAACAUCUCUUUUUAUGGAGUAAGUCUGUGAAUCCUGAGAAUCUACAUCUUUUGCACGACUUACUGCUUCAUAAUGAGUACCCUUCUGCCAAAUGCACCCUGUCCUUUUGCUGGUUAUCAAUGCGAAGGAACGCCCAAAGGAACAGAUGGACUCGAUCCUGAUGGCAAUCCCUGGUACUUAUGCCGGCCAAACGAGUUAUACGCCAAUCAGUGUGGCAUCAUCUACUUCCCAGAUGCCAAGGGAAUCUGGCACAAUAGCAGAGUUCUAGCAGACCAAUUCGCAGAGGCUGGCUAUUUUGUAGUGGUCGUCAAUAGUGAAAAUCUUGUUCGAGGGGAAGGAGAACCAUAUGUCGCACCCAAUCGAAGAACAAACCGCUACCCCUCGCUAGCUCAACAGAAAGUCAUCUUUGCCCAUGCCGGGGAUUGGCUUGACCAGCAGAGCUGCGAGAUGAUUGGUUUAGUUGGAAUUUGUGCUGGAGGUCGAUGGGUGAUAGAGUUCCUUGCCGAAGAUAAAGCUGACGCUGGCUUCGUUGCUCAUCCUACCGAAAUCGAAAGAGCACAAAUCCUAAAAAUCCAAAAACCACUUAGCGUCGCCUUCGCAGAUAACGAUAGUCGAAUAAAUAAGGCGCAGAGGGACGGAAUUGAGGAGGGUCUCCUAGCAAGCAACCAGGCGUACCAAAUUUCGCUGUAUAGUCAUGUUCAUCAUGGGUUUGCUGCCCGACGUGCAUUCACCACCGACGCUGAGGUGUUCGCCAAGAGACAAGCUUUUAUUCAAGCCGUCACUUGGUUUCAAGAGCAUCUGGUGACCGAAAAUGAGCGGGAAAAGAUCAGAAAUCCCCCUGCUGUUUGAAAUGGCAUGACAUCUUUUGUUACCUAUCAAAGCCGUUGGAGAAGAAGAUAACAGGGAUUAUUGGGGAAGUUCUGGUUUGUAGUCAAGUUGGAUUUCAGGUCACGUUGAAUCAAGGUUGAGAUUUCAGUAAUUUUCAUUGUAUCACCCUUUUGAAAAAGCAAGUCUGUUUUGCAGCUUACUUCUAGUGCGAUGAC